CUUUUGUCCGCUCGUCUUGUAUAUCUUACUUUUUGACAAUGUGGAAGCCGGCAACCCGCCAAAUUACUGGCACAAACGAUGUUCCUCUCGGAACCCGUCGUCGAUUUGGUCCUCCGCCUACAGAAGACAACUCGGCGCCACAACUAGCGCAACCGUCACCUUCUGUAUAUCCGCGACACCAAAGCCAGGAUCGUGAAAGCCCUGGCAAACGAGGGCGUGACGAAUCCCCGGCAAAUGGAGAUCCCAAAGUUGAUCCCAAUGCUCCUCGCAAAAGACGUAGCCGUUGGGGCGAGGCAAAAACCGAGAUCCCUGGACUGCCCACAGCGAUUUCGGCCGCUGGCGUUUCCCAGGCGCAGCUUGAUAACUACGCCAUUCACUUGCGUUUGGAAGAGAUUAACCGAAAACUCAGGUUGAACGAUUUCAUCCCCCCUGAGCGUGAAAGAUCGCCAUCUCCUCCCCCCACUUACGACGCGCACGGCCGACGUACCAACACUCGUGAAGUUCGAUACCGUAAGAAACUCGAGGAUGAGCGAAUCCGACUCGUUGAAAAAGCCAUGAAAAACGAUCCCAACUUCCGACCACCCGUCGAAUACCAGCAGCAAAAGCGUUCUCAGCGCCCCUCCGAGAAAGUCUACAUCCCCGUCAAAGAAUUUCCAGAAAUCAAUUUCUUCGGCUUGCUUGUAGGUCCUCGGGGCAACAGUUUGAAGAAGAUGGAAAGGGAGAGUGGAGCAAAGAUCAGUAUUCGUGGCAAAGGCAGUGUGAAGGAGGGGAAGGCUCGACCAGACCAAUUCGCUGAGGACGCAGAGGAGGACUUACAUUGUCUCGUCAUUGCUGACAGUGAAGACAAGGUUGCAGCAUGUGUCAAAAUGAUCAACAAAGUUAUUGAAACGGCCGCUUCCACCCCGGAAGGCCAAAACGACCACAAGCGUAACCAAUUGCGAGAAUUGGCCGCACUCAACGGUACCCUUCGUGAUGAUGAGAACCAGAUUUGCCAGAACUGCGGCGGCGUAGGCCAUCGCAAAUAUGACUGUCCCGAGCAACGCAACUUCACAGCUAACAUCAUCUGUCGCGUGUGUGGCAGCGCCGGUCAUAUGGCAAGGGAUUGCACCGUCAACAGGGAUCCCAACGCUCCGCCACCACCCCCGGGUGCUCCUCCGGGUCACGGAACCCGUGGCGGGUUCGACUCAGAGUAUGCUAGCUUGAUGGCUGAGCUGGGCGAAACUCCUGCUUCAAGCGACCCGCUCAAAUCUUGGUCGGCACCCACUGGAGGCCACGACAUUACUGCUGGUGGAACCAAUAUUCCUCCCUGGCGCCGCCCGGAAGUCUGGCAGCAGCCCGCUCAACAAUCGUACCGUGGCCCACAACAAAGUUAUGGAGGAUACCCGGGUGCAGGAGGCUAUGGCAAUCCCGGUGCUCAAUGGUCUGGAUAUUCACAGCCAGCUCCAGGCGGUUAUGGUCAAGGUCAAGAAUAUUCCAACUACGCCGCCUAUUACCAGAAUCAAUACGCCCAGCAGCAAAUGUCCUAA